AUGUCCAAUCUUCCCAAAAUCGUCAUCUUUGGCGCCACCGGCCAACAAGGCCGCUCGAUCCUCAACGCCUUACACACCCACCCUCUCAUAUCCCAGCAAUACUCACUACGCGCUAUAACCCGCGAUACGAGCAGUCCCUCGGCCCUCUCCAUCACCUCACAAGGCAUUGAGACCAUUUCCGCGGACAUCGAUAACCCAUCCACUCUCCCAGCCGCCCUAGAAAACGCACACACCGUCAUCCUAAUAACGGUAACCAACUACACCGCAGACCUGAAGGCCCGCGAGUACACACAGACCAAAAACGUCGCCGACGCAGCCCUCGCCGCCGGUGCAAAACACAUCAUCUUCAGCACAGCCGUGCACAGCAGCAAGACAUGGAACGCAGAUACCAGCAAGGGGACAAGUCCUCGACCGGUAGACGCAUUCGACUCAAAGGCCGAAGCAGAGAAAUAUCUGCGCAGCUUACCCAUUAAAACGACAUUCUUCGCACCGGGGGGGUUCAUGCAGAACUGCGUGACGUUUUUUGCUCCCAGAAGACAAGACGAUGGGAGUUAUGUGAUUGCAAACGUGGUGGACAGGGAUGCUAAGAUCCCGUUGAUUGAUAUCGAGCGUGAUUCGGGGACGUAUGUGUCGAAGUUGGUGGUUGAUGGCGGCGCGGGAGAGACGUUGUACGCGGCUGGGGGGAUGUAUAGUUGGGAAGAUAUCGUGGGGAUUAUAUCCCGUGUGUCGGGGAAGGAUGUUAGGUAUGUGCAGGUGCCGGAGGAUGUGUUUGCGGGUUUCAUGCAGCCGGAACAAGGCAUGAGGACGGUGAACAUGAUGAAGUUCACUGAGGAGGUGGGGUAUUUUGGGCCUAGGACGGAGGAAUUGGUCAGGGAGAGUAAUGAGAAGGUGGACGGGAAGGUGACGAGGUUUGAGGAGUUUGCAGAGAAGUAUCUUGUUAGUAUUUAG